UCCGUUAAUCCUACCUGUCCGUAGUGAGCAGCCCAGUGGAUGGGGGUCCAUCCGUAGCGGGAGUCCUCCGCCGUCAGAUGAGCCCGGUUCGACAGCGACAGCAGCGCUCCGACGUCUCCAUCCCGGCAGGCUCGGUGGACGGGGAAACGGCGGACGAACACUUCAUCACCGGAGAAGUCUGGUUCCAGUCCCGCAGACAUGAGCGGCAGGUCGGGGUGCUUCUCAGCCGGUCCCGUUUCCGGUCCCGGUCCCAGAGCAGACUGAAGAGGUUCAAACACAAAGGAAGAGCAGAUAAGCUUGUCUUUACGGUAGGAGGGCAUCAUAAACCCGGACUGGAGUUUCACAGACGGCUAGGGAUGGCAUUACGAAACCCGGACUGGAGUCUCACUCACGGCUAAAGGUGGCAUUACAAAACCCGGACUGGAGUCUCACUCACGGCUAAAGGUGGCAUUACAAAACCCGGACUGGAGUUUCACAGACGGCUAGGGAUGGCAUUACAAAACCCGGACUGGAGUCUCACUCACGGCUAAAGGUGGCAUUACAAAACCCGGACUGGAGUCUCACUCACAGCUAAAGGUGGCAUUACAAAACCCGGACUGGAGUCUCACUCACGGCUAGGGGGGCGUCACAAAACCCGGACUGGGGUCUCACACACGGCUAGGUCAACAUCAGAAAACCCGGACUGGAAACUCAAGCCGCCGAGCUCCUGAGUUUUUACACGGUUUCUCCUAAAAACCGCGGAGGGAGAGUUAGAAAUUAUACUCAUUCAGAAACCCCAACAGUCUCACAGGAGUCACCUCCAGAAGCAGAAAAGACAUUAAACACACCGGCUGUAAGAUGGCAGCGUUAUUAGGUGGGAAGUCCCUGGUCAUGAAUCAUGGAUCAAAGGACGGUUUUGUCAGAGUGAGGAAAAGAGAUUUGGAGAAGUUAACCACAGAAGUCAUGCAGCUCAGGGAGUUCCUGCCCAGAGUUCUGAACAGGGAACUGAUUAAGAUGCUGCAAAAAGCUCGAACAAGUCAGACAAUGAAGGAACAUCUGGAGCAGAAACAGGAGCAGCUGAGACAGGAGAGGCUUCACCUUCAGGCCCGACUGGAUGCAGCUCAGAGGGAAUGUCAGAAGGAGAGAGAGGAGAAGCUGCUGUUGCGAGAGCAGCUGUGGCAGAGUGGAUCUGAGCUGCAGCAGCAGGCUGACUUCUGCUCUGAUCUGGGAUCAGCAGCCUGCAGCCUGCUGUGGAGCUGCUCUUCCAGGGAGGAGACAGUGACGCUGUGGCUGGCUGAUGGGAAGCUGCAGGCCUUCCUCACCGUCGCCGCUCAGACUCUGGAGAGCUUCGUCAGGUCUCUGGACGAAGACAUGAAGACUCAGACUGAGGACCACAACUCCCAUGAGCACCAGUUUGUGUUGGCGCUAGCUGGGACCAUUACCAACAUCGCAGCAGUCCCUUGUGGGCGGGACUUCCUGUCCAGCUCAGCGCACGUCUUAUUGGACACUCUGGUAAAGCUGCUGGAGCUCCUGAAGCCGGGCGUCUUCCCCAAACUCAAAGUGUUGAUGCUGAUGUCUCUGUAUAACGUGACCAUCAGCAUUAAAGGACUGAAACACAUCAGUGGGAACCAGAACCUGAUGUCUCUGAUCUGGACGCUGCUGGACGAUGGACACUGGGAGGUGAGUCUUCAUUCUCUGCGCCUCCUGCAGUCGGUGCUGUUGGAGGAGGAGGUUCUGCUCCCAUUGGGUUCCUCUCUGCUGGAUCCAGACCUCCAGGCUCGAGUCGUCCGGCUCACCUCCAGCGUCCAGCCCAGCCUCAGACUGGCAGCUCAGCAGACCCUGGAGGACCUGCAGGCCUUACAGCAGGGUCGAGGAUGUAAACAGAACAGAGUCUGAUGAGGAUUCUUCACCUCCAGCCGUCCUCUUUUAUUAGAUUCUCUUCAUGUGAUGACAGGAAAAGUUAAACGUGAUGAAAUGAGAAAAGACGUUUCUAUGUCUGAACUUUUCUCAGCUUUUCUACCAGCAUUGUUCACUGCUGGGCUUCCAGGUUUGUUCACAGCAUCAUGCUUGUCCCCUUUCAGCAUAAAAGCAGUAAUUCAGGUUUGUUCACACAUUAAAGAGGAUGUUUGGGCUCCUUCUGUGCUCCGUCUGUCCUCUUUGUUGGGUUUUAGAUGAAAACUGACAGCCAUAAUACAUAUAUAACACAAAACACUUCUAACAAACCCACACCUUUUUAGUCUUGAAGUUAGAUUCAGGUCCUCACAGAAGGGUUUUGGAUCUGAUUUUUCAUUUAGCUUGCAUGAAAGAAAAGUUAAUUAUGAAGUGCUGCAGCCUAAUUUAAUGCCAGAAGCUCGUAUCCAGCAUACAGUAUGAGUGAGAACAUGUCUGUGGAAUAUCACUUUAAGGUCAAAUAAUUACUGAUUCCAGUAACUGCAUUGACAGUCAGUUGAACAGUGAGGUUAUUACUCUUAUUUCAAACCUUUAUUUUUGAAGACACACUCAACCAUGCUCAGCUUAGAGGGUUCCAAACGUUCUGACAUUCUUUGGACAGUUUUUUUCAGCUGCUCUUUACUGGAGGGUUGUGUUCCCUAAAGGUGUUCUGCUGGAUUCAAACCAGGUGACAAACUAGGUCAUAUUUUCCGCUUUGUUCUUCUGGCGCUGUGCUUUGGGUGGUUAUCAUGAUGGGAUAUUCCUCCUCUGCCUGAGACUGGGAGUCAUCUUGUCUGGUAAUAUUUUAGUUUAUCCACAGA